AUGUCUUCCGUAGCCGCAUCUAAUGCAGCCUGCACUCAAAUCGAAGGGCCUCAGAUCUUCUUUUGGAUGAUCUGUCUCGCUUUCAAUGUGAUCGCACAACCUUCUGGUUGUGUACUGGAAUUCUCAUCUGAUUAUCACACAUUUCUGCGCAGCUCACCUAUCAUCUGCGCAUUUGACACCAUUACUAUGGUCGCACCUCUACUCCUCGGUAUAUAUCAUUCACCCACGAUCGAUGGUAUUCGUGAAGAAGCAACUCGUAUCCUUUUUCAGCGCAUCGUUGAUUAUCGUGACGACCCAGAUGUCGAAGCCAUAAAAUCUUUGAAAUCAGAAGCGAGGCUGCGAUGGUUUACGUUCUUCCUGGGAGUUCUUCCUCAAUUGAUCAAACUCUUCGCCAGUACAGGAAUCCCGAUGUUCCAAGUCUUCGGUGCAAUGUACUUUGUCUCGUGGGUUAUAUUCGAAGCUCUUGUAUUCGCCGCAGAUAUCAGUCGACUGGACUGCAAAGCUCGCAGUUCUCACCAGCACGAUCAUCUUUUCUCUCCCGGCGUGGUCUGUGUACCUCACUUUCAGACCCAUGCUCGCUUCUCUCCUUGA